GUUUGUUAUUUAUUUUGGCAUACUUUAAGCUAGAUAGCCUUUUUUUUUCACUCUCUUUCUUUUUUUCUUUUUCUUUUUCUUUUUUUGCAAAAUGCCUAAAGAGUUUAAAGUGGACGUAUCUAAAGCUGUUGGUCAUGUCUUUCCUCCAGAUAUUCUUGACGUUGAUUUUGGCCCCUUACCAACUUACCCUCUUUGCUUGCUGUUAAAAAGUGAUGAUUGGGAUGUGAAUUCUUUUAUGGAAAGAUGGUCUGUAGGUGGCGAUUUACCAGGUGUUCCGUCGUAUGAUUUCAACAAGAUUGUUCAUGGUGAACAAUCUUUUGAAGUCAUCCGUCCCUUUCCUGUUAAAGGUGGUUAUUUCAAAUCAAUCAGAAGUUGUGUUGGUGUUUAUGACAAAGGAUCUGGUAUGGUCAUUGACUCUGCUGUAGAUUUGUAUGGAAAAGAAGACGGUCUUCAUUAUUGUCGAAUGGGAUCCAAAAUGUUUGUUCGAGGCUACGGUGGAUGGAAUGGCCCCAAAGGACCUAAGGCUGUAGUUUACAACCCUCCUCAACGUGACCCUGAUGUAACAGAGAUAUUCAAAACUGCGCCAAACCAAGCACUUUUGUACCGCUUGUCCGGGGAUUUCAACCCUCUACAUGCAGAUAUUGAUUUAGCUCCUACUGCUGGCUUUCCUCGACCUAUUCUUCACGGUCUUUGUUCUUAUGGUAAAUGUGCUCAUUCUAUUCUUAAACACUUUGGAGACAAUGAUCGUACGCGGCUCAAAACGAUAGAAGCUCGUUUUGCUCAGCCUGUAUUACCUGGAGAAACAAUUGAGAUUCUGAUGUGGAAGGUGGAUGACAAAGAUCCCACCUUGAUUGGUGUUAUUUUCCAAGCCUGCGUCAAAGAACGAAAUGCGUUUGUACUCACAAAUGGUUAUGCUACUUUGACAAAAGAAAUAUUGAACUCAAAACUGUAA